GGGUACUACUUAUGGUGCAGAAGGUGAGGUUUCACCCUUGUUUUUGAUGAGUGGGAGAGAACUCAUUGUAUGUUCUGAAUCUGGGAACUAAAACAUAAAGAGCGAAAUCUCGUGAAGUAAGCAGCUACAAUGAUGAUGAACAAGUCACUUUUCUUGACUUACCUUUACCUAUUAAUCUACAUUUUGCUGUCAUCUGGAGUUAUUCUGUACAACAAGUGGGUUCUCUCUCCAAAAUACUUCAAUUUUCCCUUUCCUAUCACUCUCACUAUGAUCCAUAUGGGCUUUUCUGGAGCAGUAGCAUUCUUUCUUGUUCGUGUUUUUAAGGUUGUUACUCCGGUUAAAAUGACAUUUGAAAUAUAUGCAACAUGUGUAGUUCCCAUCAGUGCUUUCUUCGCAUCAAGUCUGUGGUUUGGCAACACUGCAUACUUGCAUAUAUCUGUGGCCUUCAUUCAAAUGCUGAAAGCAUUAAUGCCAGUAGCAACACUUAUCAUGGCAGUCCUAUGUGGCACUGACAAGCUGAGGUGGGAUGUUUUACUGAACAUGUUGCUGGCAUAUUUGCAGAAGCUUUGA